AUGGCUGAAGACUACUUACUCCCCUUAACAGAGGACCAAGUCAACACAUUCACUCCCCCUUCUCCUCGUCAAGUGUUGAAAAUCUGUCUCAACUUGAAAUACCUAAUUGAUGAAAUAAUCCCAGUCCAAUUUGACCCAUCAGUCGUCCUUUCACCAGACUCCAAAAUCAUCAACAAUCGUGUCCUGAAACUAGCUCUACAAGCUGCAGGUGGGCAAGGCGAUGGUGUUACAGGUUCAUCCUCCUCUAAAUACAGAGCUGUCCUAAUCUUUGCCCUAUUGAAAGUUUGUGGUUGGUAUUGGGAAUUAUCCAGUACAGAGAUCCAUGAUUCGGAACUAUAUGACCUUAGGGCAUCCACUGCACAGGUCCUUGCCAAAUUAAUCAUUGAGCAAGAAAAUGAUGAUAAGUACUUGUUUAUCCAAAUGUUGUGUCGUCGUUACGUUGUUAACUUGAACACGGUUGAUUCUGAACCUUUAAACGCUUUGGAAUUGGCUGUGGAUAUGCAUUCCACUAUAGUUAUCGGGUCAGCUGGUUAUCAAAGAUGUAUGAAGUGGUUAUGGAGAGGCUGGAUCGUUCAAUCUGCUAAAGACCCUCAGAGUUAUGUCCUAUAUAAAGAUAUUUCAAAAUCAAACCUAUCUUCCCAUUUCAACCCUGAUCGGAUUAAAACUCCAUUAUAUCAAUACUCCUUGGAGAUUUUCUUCUCAUUGAUCUACUUGGCACUAUAUACCAUCGUGGUUAACCAAAGUGACCGCACAGUGAUGCCUGUUGAUUUUUGGGAAGGUGCUUAUUAUUUCUUUACUUGCUCCUACAUCAUUGAUGAAUUGACAAAACUAUACCAUGUGGGGCUAAACUAUCUAAGUUUUUGGAAUAUCUUUAAUGAUACAAUGUAUGCAAUCGUCUCGGGGUCCAUCAUUCUAAGAUUCUUGUCAUUAACACAUGCUCAUGAUUCCCCUGCGGGUAUUCAUCUAGAUGAAGCUUCGUUUAGAAUCUUGUCGUUGGCUGCUCCAUUCAUGUGGAUUAGAUUGUUGCUAUACCUUGAUGCUCAACGGUUCGUCGGGGCAAUGAUUGUUGUUAUCAAGACAAUGAUUAGAGAAUCAAUGAUUUUUUUUGUAUUGUUGACUAUUGUCAUUGCAGGGUUUUUACAAGGUUUCCUAGGUUUGGAUAGUGCAGAUGGUAAAAGAGAUGCAACUUAUCUAAUUGUGCAAAAUUUGGGGAAAACCGUGUUGGGUGCUGGUGAUUUCAAUGCUUUUAAAAGAUUUGCACCUCCUUAUGCUGCUGUUCUUUACUAUUUCUACAGUUUUUUAAUCUCUGUCAUCUUGUUAAACAUCUUGAUUGCAUUGUUCUCAUCGGCCUAUUCCAAGAUUUAUGAUAAUGCUAUUGAUGAAUACAUGGCUUUAGUUGCCCAAAAGACUUUACGUUAUAUCAGAGCACCUGAUGUUUGUGUUUAUGUCCCACCUUUAAACAUUAUUGAAUUGAUUUUUUCACCACUGGCUUUAGUGCUAUCUCCAAAAUCUUAUUCAACUUUGAAUUAUAGAAUCAUGGUUAUUUGUUAUUCCCCAUAUUUGUCCUGGAUCGCAUUGAAAGAGGCUCGUGAAUCAAGAAGAAUCCAAUAUAAUAGAAUCAAAGGCCUAGCUGAUGAUGCUAAUGAAUUUGAUAGAGAAUGGGACCUAACUGAUGGGUACCAGGAUGAUUAUGAAGGUAUUUUCGCAACGGGUGGUGCUGAGUCUUCAAAUGAACGGGUUAAUGAAGAUUUAAGAGCUCAGUAUAAUGCUGAAAGGGUUGAUCCGCAUUUUAACGUGGGUAAACAAUGGUAUAAAAGAGUUAAAUCAAUCGCACCUCCUGUGGAUCAAGGAACUACUGUUGGUGUCGGUUGGGAAUUAUAUCCAUUAUAUGAAAAAAUUGAUCAAUUGACAAAUUUGGUGGAGAAGGUUGUUGCAGAGAAUAAAGAAUUGAAAGAGGAGUUGAAAAAAUAA